CACGCCCACCGGCAUUUCCACCUGCACUGUUUGAUCUGCGGUUUUAACAUGCGCUUCCGUGAAGAGAUGUCUCGUACCCUCGCUGGAUGUUGAUAAAAGUUGGGGGAUUCGGAAUCGUCUUUUCUUUGAGAUUGGGCUAAGUAGAGAGGACCCAGGGAUGUCCUCCACGGAGGUGGUCAGACAGGCAUCUCUGAAGGAGCUCCCCCUGGACAGCUGGAUGGGUCACCUGCCCAGCGCCCUGUGGGAGGUGCCUCUGUGGAAUUUAGCAAUUCCUGGAAGCCAUAACGCUAUAACCUACUGUCUGGACAAGAGUGACCGCUCCCCGGUAGAUUUGACACAGCCGGAUUUACUGCAGAAGCUGGACAAAUACAUGAAGCCUCUGAUUCGACCGUUCUUUCAUAAAUGGGGAGUUACACAGGAGUUGACUGUGAAGGAGCAGCUUGAUUCUGGUGUCAGAUAUUUGGACCUGAGGAUUGCACAUCGACCCAAUGACACGACUACUGACCUGUAUUUCUACCAUGGAGUGUACACUACGCUCACUGUAGAGACGGUUCUUCAGGAGAUCCGAGCCUGGCUGGAUGCUCAUCCCAGAGAGGUGGUGCUGCUGUCCUUCAGUCACUUCUUGGGUCUGAACCAGGACCUCCACACUGAGCUCAUCUCUACCAUAAGGACCGUCUUCAGCUCCAAGCUCUGCCCUGUUACAAAAGUAGUGACAUUAAGGAGUCUAUGGUCGCUGGGUUACCAGGUGAUCGUUUCCUAUGAGCAUCAUGUUGUCCACCUGCACAGCGACCUCUGGCCUCACAUUCCCUACUGGUGGGCCAACAAGUGUAAAGUCGAUGACCUUGUUGAGGUGUUUGAAAACAAGAAAAAACACGGUCGCCCAGGGGGGUUCUUUGUGACCGGCAUCAACCUGACAGAAGAUCUGAAGUACAUCUGCUCCCAUCCUACUGAAUCUCUGAAGGACAUGGUGAUGUCUUCCAAUCCUGCAUUACUGUCCUGGGUCAGGGGUCAGGUCCCUGGCUCUCAGAUGGGCUCUGUCAACAUCGUAGCUGGGGAUUUUAUUUCCGAGAGCCACUUUGUACCCACCGUCAUUGCACUGAAUGAACAUCUACUCACCUGGUCCAUGUAAAGUUAGCAGGGGAAACAAACAUGUGACCCAAAUGGUGCCAUAUUCCCUAGUGUACACUACCCCCUGGGUCUGGUCAAAGUUGAGCACUACAUAGGGAAUAAGGUAUAAUUUGUGACCGAGAGCCAGGAGGGAUUAGCAGCAUGAUGAAACAACUAUACUUUUCUGAAAAUACUUCCCUUCAUUUUCCUGAAAAGUAGUGUCAGAUAUAUUGGCACAAUAUAUUGACAUUGAAAUGUCUUUGUCCUUACAGCUGAUCCCAUAUCUUCUUGACCCCUGACCUGCACUGAUUUAUUGAUUUAUGUUCCCUUUGGCCUUUGGUUCUACUCAUUCCUUUUUAAUGCAAUGUAUUUUCAUACCUCAGGCAAUGUUUCUUCGACCAAAGCAAUAAUGAUAUGGCUAAUAUUUUAACCUCUUGUAAAAUUGAUGUUUUUAGCUGUGUAUAAAGUGCUCAGGAAGGAAAACGCAAGUUCAUGUGAAAGGAGCUGUACAAAUCAGAUCUUUGCCCUCAGGAACAUCAUUGAGCAAUGGCAACAGCACCUCUCACUUAAGAGUUAAUGGCUUCCAGAAGGCUCUUAACAGGAUCCACUGUGAAAUCCUAUGGAAGAUCUUAAGAAGAUAUGGAAUCCCCAGUGUUUGCUGUGAGGUCUGGGGUUCUUUGGAUUGUGUAAUGCCAGACUUACCUUUCAACCUGGCAAUAAACGAAAUGCUGCAAACAACAGAAAAUCAGGCAUGAAAAAUACCAUGGAUUCUCUGCUGUCUAGAAGACCUUGACUUUCAGAGGACUUGGCUCUUUUGUCACACACACCAACAUCAACAUUAAACUGAUAGCCAAGUGAGCCUGGCAAUCAACUGCAGCAAGGCAAAAAAAAAAAAA